GCCCCCCUGUCCACACCCCCACACCCCCCUAGCCCUAUAAAUAGGCCCAGCUCAGGCUGUGGCUGAAGCUUACUACACUGGAGCCCCAGGCAGUUAGUCUCCUCACGCCACGGCCCACCAAGCCCCCAGCCAACAUGGCCAGCGAGUUUAAGAAGAAGAUCUUCUGGAGGGCGGUGGUGGCUGAGUUUCUGGCCAUGAUCCUCUUCGUCUUCAUCAGCAUCGGCACUGCCCUGGGCUUCCAGUACCCGGUGGGCAGCAACCAGACGGCUGUGCAGGACAACGUGAAGGUUUCGCUGGCCUUUGGCCUGAGCAUCGCCACGCUGGCCCAGAGUGUGGGCCACAUCAGCGGCGCCCACCUCAACCCAGCUGUCACACUCGGGUUGCUCCUCAGCUGCCAGAUUAGCAUCCUUCGGGCCGUGCUGUACAUCGUGGCCCAGUGCGUGGGCGCCAUCGUCGCCACUGCCAUCCUCUCUGGCGUCACCUCCUCCCUGCCUGAUAACUCGCUGGGCCGCAAUGAUCUGGCCCCUGGUGUGAACUCGGGCCAGGGCCUGGGCAUCGAGAUCAUCGGCACCCUGCAGUUGGUGCUGUGCGUAUUGGCUACCACUGACCGCCGGCGCCGCGACCUGGGCGGCUCAGCACCCCUCGCCAUCGGCCUCUCUGUGGCCCUGGGACACCUGCUGGCAAUUGACUACACAGGCUGCAGCAUUAACCCAGCUCGGUCCUUCGGCUCUGCGGUGCUCACCCACAACUUCAAUAACCACUGGAUCUUCUGGGUAGGGCCAUUCAUCGGAAGCGCUCUGGCCGUGCUGAUCUACGACUUCAUCCUGGCACCGCGCAGCAGUGACCUCACGGACCGUAUAAAGACGUGGACCAGCGGCCAGGUGGAGGAGUACGACCUGGAUGGAGAUGACAUCAACUCCAGGGUGGAGAUGAAACCCAAAUAGAGGGGCUGGGGCCCCGGGGCACUGACAUGGGGGGUGGGGGCAAGGGCUGAAAUCCGCAUUGCAGACACUCUGACAAGCUGGACAAAGGCACUCCCAACUCUAAAUGGGCCCAGCCUGUAGAGGGAGGCCAAGCCUCACCUUGGUGGGAUGUGUCUCUAUCACUUUCUUUCUCUGUUUCCUGGCCUCAGAGCUUCCUGAGGACCAAGGUUUGCCCAUUCCCCUACUUCCUUGACAUUAUGGAAGAGAUGAAAGAGAGACCCUACCUGCUAGUUGUGCCCCUCAGAGUGCAGCUUUUAUGACCUGGAAGGGGGCUGUCAGACAGUUCCCCUUAUCCUGCUCACCUGCUGCAG